AACAAGGCACAUUAUUAUUCUUUCUUCAACACUUGACAGAGCAGUCAAAGUUUCCCACACUCUUCAAUCUGAUACACCACCCAACACAACACAAUACACACCACUCUCCACUCCACUCUGACCCAAAACACAAAUACCCAACCAACAUAACAACAACAAACAAUACACCACUGACAAACUUCUCAAUUAUUUCUUCUCGUACACACACAACCACACUCUCUGACUCAGACUACACAGACAGACACAGAGACAGAGAGAGAAAUGGAGGAGAGGCCGGAAACAGAGCUGAUUUCGAUACCGGCGACGCCGCGAGCAUCGACUCCGGAGAUUCAGACGCCGUCGGGACAGAGGUCGCCGAGGCCUCCGCAUGCGGCGGCGUCGAAAGAAGCGAAGUCGUGGACUCCGACGUCAUUCAUAUCGCCUCGGUUCCUGAGCCCGAUUGGGACUCCGAUGAAGAGAGUGUUGAUUAACAUGAAGGGUUAUUUGGAGGAGGUUGGGCAUCUCACGAAGCUCAAUCCUCAGGACGCUUGGCUUCCCAUUACCGAGUCUCGCAACGGCAACGCCCACUACGCCGCCUUCCACAACCUCAACGCCGGCGUCGGAUUCCAGGCCCUUGUCUUGCCCGUCGCCUUCUCUUUCCUCGGCUGGAGUUGGGGAAUACUUUCUUUGACGAUAGCCUACUUCUGGCAACUUUACACCCUCUGGAUUCUGGUUCAGCUACACGAAGCAGUGCCCGGGAAGAGGUACAACAGAUAUGUGGAGCUUGCACAAGCUGCAUUUGGGGAAAGAUUAGGUGUCUGGCUUGCUCUCUUCCCUACAGUUUAUUUGUCAGCGGGGACGGCAACAGCUUUGAUUCUUAUAGGAGGGGAGACGAUGAAACUGUUCUUCCAGAUAGUUUGUGGGCCCCUAUGUUCAUCAAACCCUCUAUCGACAGUGGAGUGGUAUCUGGUCUUCACGUCCCUGUGCAUCGUAUUGUCCCAACUCCCGAACCUCAACUCAAUUUCAGGACUCUCUCUCAUUGGGGCAAUCACAGCCAUUACUUACUCAACUAUGGUGUGGGUUCUUUCAGUGAGUCAACCAAGGCCGCCCUCAAUCUCUUACGAACCCCUUUCAUUACCUUCCUUUUCAGCCUCUGUCUUUUCAUUUUUUAAUGCACUUGGAAUUGUCGCGUUUGCAUUCAGGGGACACAAUCUAGCCUUGGAGAUUCAGGCAACAAUGCCAUCCACUUUCAAACACCCGGCUCACGUGCCCAUGUGGAGAGGAGCCAAAGUUGCCUAUUUCCUUAUCGCGAUGUGUGUGUUCCCUAUUGCUAUUGGAGGUUUUUGGGCCUAUGGAAACCUUAUGCCUUCGGGAGGCAUUCUCAACGCCUUGUUUGCGUUUCACAGUCACGACAUCCCAAGAGGACUUCUUGCCAUGACAUUCCUUCUAGUUGUGUUCAACUGUCUGUGUAGCUUCCAAAUAUAUUCAAUGCCUGUUUUCGACAGUUUUGAAGCCGGUUACACCAGCAGAACCAACCGCCCCUGCUCAAUCUGGGUCAGGUCUGGCUUCCGGGUUUUUUAUGGAUUCAUCUCUUUCUUCAUUGGAGUGGCGCUUCCAUUCCUGUCUAGUAUUGCCGGUUUGUUAGGUGGACUCACUCUUCCGGUCACAUUCGCGUACCCUUGCUUCAUGUGGGUUCUGAUAAAGAAGCCAACAAAGUUCAGCUUCAACUGGUAUUUUAAUUGGAUUCUGGGAUGGUUGGGGAUUGCAUUCAGCUUGGCCUUUUCAAUUGGAGGAAUUUGGAGUAUGGUAAACAGUGGCCUCAAGCUCAAAUUCUUUAAGCCCAAUUAAGAUUAAAAGUAUGAGCUCAAAUAAUUUUAAUAAUUAGUAUUUAAUGUAUGCGUUUUCCUUUGUGUAUGGUAUUGUUGGAUGUUGAGUUUGUUCUCUUGUAUUUAAUGAAGAUUUCCUAUCUGUUUGGCACCCGUCUCUCUCCAAAUAUAUAUAUAUAUAUAUUGUUUACCAUUUUCAGACCCCUUCUGAAAAGAAUUUGGUGAA